AGGGGAGAAGGCUGGAGAAUGCCACGAAGUGACUCGCUCAUUUGGAGAGCCAAUGCAGACACGAUGGGCUGAAUGGUCUCUGUGAUCUUGUUACCAUUCCUCAUCAGUAGGAUCAUGACACAGCGAAGAUGAAAAUCAAGUUUCCAAUGGAGCCUAAUCACUGCAUGAUUUGUGUUAAUGGAACUCUUCAAACUCUGGUCACUUAAACUAAAUGUGUGAAUAGUUGAUGCAUUGUGUAUAAUGGAAGACACUCAUACUACCCAAAAGUUGCAUAAACCAGUCAAAGAGCUCUGCUUCAUCAGCAUCUAUUGCCCUGGGGGAGAAGCCAGAUGGAUUCCCUACAAGUGCAGUAUGUUGUUAGAUGGCUCCAUGAAAUGCUUUCCGGAGUGCGAACAAGUGAAGGAGGAGCCAGGGGCUGCGAAACAGAGAAGCCUGUGCUCUGACAACACUGCUUACAUUCAGGGGCAAACUGCCACAACUAAUGUUGUUAAGGAACUGUGCGCCUUGUGCCCGGUUGAAAAACAGUCAUUAUUUGCUGAAGCAUUAAGCAAAAGGCCAGCUUGCAGUCGAAUUUUGAACAUGGGAAAUCAAGAUGGAAAAUUUGAAGAUGUUCAAGAGGCUGAAAGUAAGCACCGUGAACGGGGAGAAGGUUGUGGUGCCUUGGAUCUGCAGCAUUCGGUGUCAAUGUCUUACGACCAUAAGAAAGCUGAUGUUAAGAAGAAAAAGCUGAAAAAGCUUGGCAGAAAAAGAGAAAACACUGAGUUGCCUUCAUGUAAAACGGUCAAAAAUAAGUCGUCUGAGGAUUCAGAACAUUCUAUUGUAAGUGCAAAAGAAAUAUCACUGCUGAGAGAUGAAGUGUGCUCAAAAAACACUGUAAGCAAUUCUCCUAAUUCAGUUAAUUAUACUAAAAGCAAAAAUCUUCAGCCAGCCAUGGUCAGUAUUGACUUACUGUCGGGAAUGAAAAACGCUAAGUCAGAGCUACCAAGGGACAAUUUGGAUUGUCAGGAUAACACAAGAGCAAUUGGACUAGGUACUGACGUUUGCAACUUUAUGUCGGAGUGUGACGAUGAACUUCGUACUGAAGAUUUUGCGACCGGUAGCAGCAGUUUAUUGGGUGAUCCACAAGGUACCAUAAAACUCCUACAACAGCAGCAGGAUAAUUGCUUACAAACAAAACAGACAACUCAGAAUUUACCUGACAAGACCAGCACCACUAUGCCUUUGACAAAUUUACCUUCAGAGAACAGCAAGCAUCACUGUGGAGAUGUGUUAGAGAGCACAGCAAGCACUGUGGUCGCUAAAAUACAGGCCGUAGAAGUGGUCGUGCAAAAAGUUGUUCCGGCUAUUUCAAGGCCCGAAGGAGACAAAACUUGUGUCCCUUUUACAGACGAAUCAAUAAAAAGUUAUGUUGAGGAACAUGGUUUUUCCACAGUGGUUACUGGAAUGCAGAGUGAAACUGCAACCACUUGUGAUGUCGUCACAGUACCUGUGACAGACUUGGAAUGUGAGAGCAUGAUGACGUGUGGAAGGGAGACAGACAGCAGUAGAAAAGUAUUUGAAACUGCCGUGGGAAAAGUGCAAAUGAAUGCAGGUUUGUCAGCAUCCAGUAGAUAUAUCAACAAGCACCUGAUGAAUGUUGUUGAGACUGACCGAUUUCAUGAAGCAGAUGAAUGGCAUAGAGUGGAAAAGGACAUGUCGCACGUAAGUGGAACUAGCCAGGCUUAUGACAAUAAAGAUUUAAUAAGGGAUGACACGCUAGAAGCACAAGAAAAAAUGUUUCUAAAGGCACUUGGAUCUGUUGAUGGAGUUUCCUUGGGUGGCAAUUUGAAGGAAGACAACAUAACUGUUUCUUUAUCUUUACUAACAGGAGUUAGUAAUAUUUUUAACAAUCUGUGUACUGCUAACAAUACGCAUCAUCCUGUGUCUCCUGUUGCAUCCCCCUUGACCUCAGAAUUACCUAGUCCUCAACUCCAUCACAGGAUUCUCCCACUACCUGCAUUAGAAACAGAACAAGAAACUGUACAAGAGGAUGGUUCAAAGCUAUAUAUAUCCAUUCAUGACUGCACCACAACGGGAGAAAUAGAAGUGGGACAACAUUUGACAGAAGGAAAUACUUUGCUACAAAAUCUCGGUGAUGCAAAUGGAAAAUUCGAGCAACAACACUGUAAGGAACAAGAUGUAUUAUCUGCCUAUGUACCAUUACAAGAGAAGACUUCUGUACAGCAGCUUUGUACUGACCUGGUAGAAAAUGGAUCAUCUAUUGAAAGAAGUUCAGUUAUCAUCAGGCCACAAUCUUUGGACCUCAGGCUUAUUACUGCGGAUGGAGACGAAAUUGAUGCAAAUGCUCAAGCAUUCGGUUAUAUGGAACUUUACGAUUUAUCUCCAUCAGAAUCUGAAGACAGAACUCCAGGACGACUCCAAGCCAUAUGGCCACCUCCCAGGUCAAAAGACGAGGAAGAAAAAGUGGGCUUGAAGUAUACAGAAGCAGAGUAUCACGCUGCCAUUUUGCAUUUGAAACGAGAGCACAAGAUAGAAGUAGAACACUUGCAGCAUGAUUCUGAGUUGAAACUCUUCCAUAUCCGUGGGGAACAUGCUGAAGCAAUAGCUAAACUUGAAGAAACUGCUGCACAGCUGAAAAGUAAAUUGGAAAUUAAAAGAAAGGAAGGUAAAUCUGAAACAAGAGACAUUGCUGUAUCCACUGCAGAUGAACUUGUGCCAAAAACUUUUCGCAAUGUUUGCAUUCAAACUGACAGAGAAACAUUCAUCCAGUUGAAUCAAGGUGAUGACAAAUUAGCCAAAAGCAACCUGAGUAUCCCAGGAAAGCUGAACCUUGCAUCCUUGAACUUGAAUGGUCAGUCAACUCAACUUCUACACACUGUUCGGGAGGAAACUUCAUCAUCCUCGCCAACCUCAACUUCCCAAGAGUUGGAAUCUCAGCCUGUUCCACCUCCUUCUUUAUCGCUGCCACUUUCAGACCAGUCUCUAUGUUCUGCGACACCUCUCCCAAGCUCUGGACCUCCACCUCCGCCUCCUCUGCCAGGCUUUGAACCUCCACCUCCACCUCCUCUACCAAGCUCUGGACCUCCACCUCCGCCUCCUCUGCCAGGCUUUGAACCUCCACCUCUGCCAAGCUGUGGGCCUCCACCUCCGCCUCCUCUACCAGGCUGUGGGCCUCCACCUCCACCUCCUCUACCAGGCUGUGGACCUCCACCUCCGCCUCCUCUACCAGGCUCUGGACCUCCACCUCCGCCUCCUCUACCAGGCUCUGGACCUCCACCUCCGCCACCUCUGCCAGGCUGUGGGCCUCCACCUCCACCUCCACCCCCACCAUUUGGACUUGCUGGAAAUUCACCUCUUCCUAAUUUCAGUUUGACCACGGAGAGACUUGCACGGAAACCUAUAAUAGAACCACGCCGUCCAAUGAAGCCUUUAUAUUGGACACGAAUCCAGAUAAAAGAUUCCAGAGAUGAUCAAAUAUCAACAAUUUGGGAAUCACUGCAAGAGCCUUGCAUCCAGGAUGCUGAAGAAUUUGAAGAACUCUUUGCUAAAGCAACAGUGAAGGAAGUGAAGAAGCCUUUGUCGGACACCUACCAAAAGACAAAUAAGACUAAAAAGAUUGUCAAGUUACUGGAUGGCAAACGCUCUCAGACAGUGGGAAUCCUUAUAUCCAGUCUACACCUGGAAAUGAAAGAUAUCCGACAAGCUAUUUUAAAUCUGGACAACUCUGUGGUGGAUUUGGAAACACUUCAAGCUUUGUAUGACAAUAGAGCUCAGAUGGAAGAACUGGCAAAGAUACACAAAUAUUAUGAAAAGUCAAAAGACGAUGAAGUAAAGCUCCUGGAUAAGCCAGAGCAGUUCUUGUAUGAAUUAUCACAGAUUCCUAACUUUCCUGAACGUACCCACUGUAUCAUAUUCCAGUCUGUCUUCGUGGAAGGAAUAUCCACGAUACGCCGCAAAGUAGGGAAUGUUCUACACCUGAGCAAGAGUUUGACAGAUCAACAAAAUGUGAAGAUUGUGCUUGGACUCAUCCUAGCCUUUGGAAAUCACAUGAAUGGUGGCAACAGGACACGUGGCCAGGCUGAUGGAUUUGGCCUAGAAAUUCUUCCAAAAUUGAAGGAUGUCAAAAGCAGGGAUAAUCAAAUCAGUCUUGUGGAUUUUGUUGCUUCCUAUUAUUUGCAUCAUUUUGACAAGGAUGCAGGAACAGACAAGAGCGUAUAUCCUUUACCAGAGCCCCAGGAGUUACUGCGGGCCUCGCAAGUUAAAUUUGAGGAUCUCAGUAAGGAUCUUAGGAAGUUGAAAAAGGACCUUGGAGCAUGUGAGAAAGAAAUAAGGCUUGUUUGCCAACAGUCAUCAGAGCAGGAGCUACAACCUUUCAAAGAGAAGAUGGAAGCAUUUAUUCAAGAUGCAAAAAAUUAUCUUAAGGUAGAAGAAGAGCAUCUUGAAGAGUCACAGAAAAGCUUUGAAGAUUCAAUAAGGUUCUUUGGAGUGAAGCCAAAACCCGGGGAGAAAGAGAUUACUCCAAACUACGUAUUCAUGUUGUGGUUUGAGUUCUGUACUGAUUUUAAGAAUACUUGGAAACGUGAGAGUAAAAACAUCUCCAAAGAAAGGUUGAAGGAGGCUCAACAAUCUGUAAAGAAGAUAACUUCAGAAAAGAAAGUCGAAACAAAGAAAACAAACCCUACCAGCCUGAAAGAAAGACUACGCCAAAGGGAGGCGAGUGUUACCACAAACUGAAGGAAGCCUGGAAGAAAAAGAACCCUGUGACUUGAUUCUUUCAUGCAGUCAAAAUUUGAGGAUGUUUCUUGAAAGACCUACACAUCUUCACAUUGCUCACAUCCCAAUGUCAACCCACCAAGGAGGUUUCUAAUUCCAGGAUGACAUCAAAAGCACCUUCAUUCAUUUCAAAAGGCAGUAAUACAUUCUUGGUUAUAGUUGGCACAGGAUGUAUGUGUUCUGCCCUCACACAAGUGAGAUUUGGAUGCUUAAGUUAAAGUUGUGUCUGAUUGCUAUUGAAAAUCCAGCAAUGGGGUCCUGGAAUCUAAAGUUCGAUGUGCUGUUUCUUCAGAAAGAUAUUCUCUCUUGGAGCCUCAGCCUAUUCCAAAACGCUGCACUACAAGACAACACUUUGGACUAGCCACAAAGUUCUUGAAAAUUUGACCAAAUGUUGAAACCUUAGAGUUCUAGCUGCUCAAAAAUUCAAUAAUAAUGUAAAUUGUUUUUAAGUUGUAUAUUCUGUUCAAUCCUUCCAACACCUCAUUAUAACAUGCCACAAAACCUGUUAAACCAAAUUAACGCAAACCAAAUCUGUAACAUAUCCCUCAGUACAAUGCACAUUGCCUUACAUUAAAUGAAGGGCAGGAUUUGGACCUCGGUGUGCAGGCGCGGUCAGCGGACCCGGAAGCGGCCGGGAAAUGAGCUGCCAGCCACGAUCGGCACACCCCCCCACCCCCAGCCCACCACCACCACCGUGAUUUCACGCUGGCUCGCCAGUUAAUGGCCAGCCAACGUGAAGCGCUCGCUGAAAAGCUCAGCGCUGUCGGGGUAGGGGGCGGGAGGAGGGAGAGCAUUGAAGUCAGCGCUGGCGCGGGAGGGCGCAGAAAGAAAUCUCCCUGAAGGCAAAGAGCUGCCUCAGGGAGCUGACGAAUUUAAAAUCAAUACAAACGUAAUGUUAAAUCCGGAAACAACGUCCACGCGUCAGAAUGAGCCACCUCCACAUAUGGAUGGCGAAAAUUACGUCCACACAUUUUAAUCUUUUUUUUUAAUUAAUCUCGGAAACCUCAUCCAGCCCUUGGACGAUGUUUCCUCAACAAUGCAAAGGCCGCCUGGCCGAUUCACCCACCCACCCGCCAACCGUAACGUUGGACGGGCAGCGGAAUAACACCGCGAAUUGAAACUUUAACAGCCUUAACAGGCCUCUUUAAUUGCCGGCGGGCGCACUGCCCCACUCCCCCGAGCACCCGCCGACCGAGAUACCACACGAGUGCGCGAUGGCAUCGGGACACUUGCCCGACGUUAUCGUACGCUAUUUUAUGCUCCAGCGUGUUGGCCACACACCGAGGUCGAAAUCCUGCCCAAAGUGUCUGGUGCACAGAUGGAAACCUAUUAGAAAAACAAGACAAAGGCAAACUUAGUAAAAGAUUCAGCACAAAAAAAAAGUGACUUGGAACUGAAACACAGCAAUGCCCAGCGGGUGUUUAUUUUUCUUUCAUCUCUGCCAAGAGAUCAUUCAACUUCAAAAAGUACAUCAGAAUUGAUUUUCCUGUUAGUAUUGAGGAGCAGUGUCAUUGCCAGCAGUUACAUGAUAUUUAACAGACUUGAACAUUCACUCACAUUUUGAACAACCACGAUAUACCGCAAGGUCUGAGGUCUGGCUGGUUGCCAGCGAUUGCCUCGCUGCCCCAAUACCCAAUUGCCUUGCUGUUUCUCCAUCUCAGGGAAGCUGGGCUUUUGCCUGCCUUUCCCAUAAAAGUUUGCUUCAUGGCUGUUAGUCUGGUUGGUGCCCUAUCCUCGGCAGGACAGGACUCCAGUUUGUCUUCUGGCAACAGUGAAAGAUAAUCACAACUUGUAGGAUCUAAAGUCUGGCAAGUGUAAAUUAGGAUUGUUUCAUCUUGUACUAGCACCCAUGAGGAGAAAGCUAUAGUUUGGAGACACCAAAUUUGCCGCUGUCAAAAAUUUGUGUUAAAUCCUCAAAUAUACUGUCUUUGCACAGCAUGUCAUUCCUGUUCUCCCUGCCUUCCUUUUACUCUUAGUGACUUAAACCCCGUUAGUCUUAUUCUUUUCAAUACCAUUCUCAGUUUCAUGAACAUCUUCAAUUUACUUGGGAUCUCUAUCUUCUGCAUAUGCAAGAAGUAUUAUUAUUGUGACAUCCUAUUCAGCAUCCAACAAACUGAUGUCAGUUGUAUUGUAAACUUACCCUAACCUGUAUAAGAUCCACAAUAUUUUUGAAAUAGCCCUUACAAUUCACUGUUUACAUUCUGGGAUUUGAGUACGUGGAGUCCGUAAAGCCCCAUCAUCCAUAGAUUUUGCAGUAAUUCUUAUAGAAUAUUAAGAAGGCUAUCAUUUGAAUUGUUAUUCAAAUAUACCAAAUAUUAUUUUAAAAUAUUUUAAAAGAGUACUUUCAGUUAUACUUCAUUUUCUGUUAAGCUGCAGACCUGACUUAAUCAAUAAGUUCUGACCAAAACGAGUUAAUAUUAAAUGUUUGACUUAGUUCUUAGAAAGGCAGACAUUGUUUUGAAUUCUCUGAAGUGCAGGGAAAUGGCGACAGUAAAAAGUGAAGUGUAAAUAUAGAGAUAGAAAGCAAUAACUACAUUCAAUUCAUUAUACUUUGUAUUUUACAAUCCCAAAAUGGAUUUAUGUGCAACUUUUUAAAGUUUAUUUUGGUAUACACUAUUGAUCUUAACAAAAUGCUUGGGAGGAAAUGCAGCUUUAAUAUUUGGGAGGAAGACAUUUUUUAUCUUUAGCACAUCAAUGUAAUAUCCGGUUAACAAAUUCAAAGUCAGAAAUUGUAUUAUUAACUGCUGCAGUUUUACUGCCCAUGCAUAAAAAUGGUUUGAUUAUUAAAGAGCUGACAUAUAUUGCAUGACAAAUUAAUGUGUGCAAAUAAACAUAUGAAAGGAAAAGCAUCCAUCUUCCCUUAAUAGGAUUGAAAAAUACGCGGAUACAUCUACAUAACACUUGAUUGCAUUGUGCUCAGCAAAAUCUACUGCUGAUCAUUAACUUCUAAUGUAUUUUUGUAUAGAAUGUGUGUCAUGAGGAUGACAUGACAGUGUCAUUCAUUUAUCAGAAAUAAAACAAGUUGAUAUCUGAUAGUUACUACCUUUAGAGUUAACAAUGUACUUUAUAGAAAUGUCAAUUUGGACACUUGACUAUAUCCAAGUAUUUUUUGUUAUUCAAAAUAGAAAUAUUUUAACAAAACAAUAUAAUAUAUGGAGGGUUAUAGUUGUGAAGGUUUUCACUAUGUAGCCUUUAAAGAUCAAGCUAAAGUCUCUGAACUCCCUUCAUGGUUUGAUGUCACGAUAACCUUAGAGAGCAUGAUAGGCCCAGAUUCAAUCCAUGGCUUGGGUUAAGUUCACUGAUCGCAGACAGGUUAACUAAGGGGUACUGCAAUAGUCUUCAAGUGUCCUUGGGUCGGCAAGGGGGAUUAUUAGCCUGAGCUGCCACUUAUGAUUGCUAAAUGGUGACCCCUUCUGGAAUGUCAGAGCAGGUCUGAGCUCAACUAUGAUGUUGCUCAUUGACCCCUUGUAACCUGCUAUCAUUUACUGCCUGGGCUUGCACUUAAAAAAUGACCAGUUGAAUCACACACUGGUUCAGUGCCCAAGGAACCCUGCACCCCAACAUGAAGCAAAAAUUGUGAAUGAAGUGUAUGGUAUAAAAAGCAAAAUGUCUUUGCUAUUUUUUGGUAGAUUUAAGUUUAGUGACGGUAGUGAAAUCCAUUUCAUCAAUUAAGUAAAGAGGCAUGAGCAUAUUCCUUUAAUCAAUGUAAUUGCAUCUUUCUUUUUCACCUGUUAUACCAGUUAUUUAUUAAUUUCCUAUAUGAAAUAUACAGUUUAUUGAUGAAAAGGUGUUAUUUUUAUUAAUUCAAAGAAGUAGAAUUAACAUUGUGCAGUAAAGUAAAGGAUAUUUUCUUUAAACUUCAUUAAAGCUGUAUUUAAUUGCA